CAGCACGUUACUGGAAAGGACGUAUCAGCUCACGCGGACUGUGUCAGGGUAGAGUCGAACUUCUCGACAGACACCGGCACCGUUUUUUUCUAACAGGAAACCGAAGUUCGCGUCUUAAGUCCGGACCUUUCUUCCCGCCUGAGGCGGCUCUGACAGCGGGGAAGAGCCCACGGUGACCGGACCAAGAGUGCACAGCUCAGCCUCCACGCGGUGAAAACCCCGAAGCCACGAUGGAAGCGCGAGACACUGCCCCGGAUUCGUGGGAGCAAGAAGACGACGUGGAGGCCGUGAUGGAAGGACCCGGGUCCAACGCGCUGAACGUGAACGCGAAACCGUUCGUGCCCAAUGUUAAUGCUGCCGAGUUUGUUCCGGUGGCCGUGAAAACGGAUUCGGGAGAACUCGAGUCCGUCGUUGCUGAAAAACUUUCCAGCCUGAAGGUUUCACAAAGCGCUGCGCCGGUGGAGAACGGCGAGGCGGAUGUGACCACAGAAGAGACCUGGGACGAGAAAGAGGUAGAAACGAGCGAAGAAGAGCCGGGAGGUGGCGACGAGGGGCCGGAGGAGGUUCCAACAGACACGCCGCCAGAGACCCUCGAGGAGGAGGAGGAAAUCUCAGUGCCUAAAAUCCCCCCCAUUCAACCCGACGCUCCAAAGAAGGAGCACGUCAACGUUGUGUUUAUCGGACACGUAGAUGCUGGAAAAUCCACCAUUGGGGGACAAAUCAUGUACCUGACAGGCAUGGUGGACAAAAGGACUCUGGAGAAGUAUGAAAGAGAAGCAAAGGAGAAGAACCGAGAGACCUGGUAUCUGUCCUGGGCCUUAGACACUAACCAGGAGGAGAGGGACAAAGGCAAAACGGUGGAGGUGGGUCGGGCGUACUUCGAGACGGAUAAAAAGCACUUCACUAUCCUGGAUGCUCCUGGUCACAAAAGCUUCGUUCCCAACAUGAUCGGAGGGGCGUCCCAAGCAGACCUGGCUGUCCUGGUCAUCUCUGCCAGAAAAGGAGAGUUUGAAACUGGAUUUGAGAAAGGCGGGCAGACGCGAGAGCACGCCAUGCUGGCUAAAACAGCCGGGGUCAAGCACCUGAUCGUUCUGGUAAACAAGAUGGACGAUCCAACCGUCAACUGGAGCUUGGAGAGGUAUGAAGAGUGUAAAGAGAAGCUGGUGCCAUUCCUGAAGAAAGUGGGCUUCAACCCCAAGAAGGACAUCCACUUCAUGCCGUGUUCUGGGCUGACGGGGGCCAACCUGAAGGAGCCCACGGACCUGUGCCCCUGGUACACAGGUCUACCAUUCAUUCCACACCUGGACAGUCUGCCAAACUUCAACCGCCCCAGUGACGGCCCGGUCCGAUUGCCCAUCGUAGAUAAAUACAAGGACAUGGGCACUGUGAUUCUAGGAAAGCUGGAGUCGGGCUCCAUCAGCAAAGCCCAGCAGCUGGUGAUGAUGCCGAACCGGCACACUGUGGAGGUGCUGAGUCUGCUGUCUGAUGACGUGGAGACGGACGACGCCGGGCCUGGGGAGAACCUCAAGCUCCGGCUGAAGGGCAUCGAGGAGGAGGAGAUCCUACCGGGAUUCAUCCUAUGCAACGCAGAGAACCUGUGCCAUUCGGGGCGCACCUUUGAUGCUCAGAUCGUCAUCAUAGAACAUAAAUCCAUCAUCUGUCCGGGAUACAACGCUGUUCUCCACAUUCACACCUGCAUUGAGGAAGUGCAGAUCACGGCCUUAAUCUGCCUGGUGGACAAGAAGACGGGCGAGAAGAGCAAGACCAGGCCGCGGUUUGUCAAGCAGGACCAGGUCUGCAUCGCUCGUCUGCGCACAGCAGGGACCAUCUGCCUGGAGACCUUUAAGGAGUUUCCUCAGAUGGGUCGCUUCACCUUACGGGACGAAGGUAAGACCAUCGCCAUCGGCAAAGUUCUCAAGCUGGUUGCAGAGCGGGACUGAACGAGGCGUGGCGAGCAGAAGCGGUCCCUCCCACCCUGACUGCCCCAGGCGGAGGUGGCGCCGGCCACGCCCCCUGCAGCGUGCUGAAGAUUCAGCUGUUUUUAACAAACGACGUCCUCAGGAGGCAGCUUUCUCAUAUUGAGAGCUCUGUUAUGCCAUUGGGGGUCACCCACCCUCCCCCCAUCCCACAAUCCCACUCUUCUUUUUUCUUGAAGAUUAUUUCUCUCAUUUUUUCAUAAAUGACGAAUGACAGAGUAUAUUUGUGGACGUGUGGACCAGGGUUUUGCUUGGAGUUGGUGAUUUUCAGAUGAAAACAUGGAACCAAAAUCUUCUCUGGGGUGUACGUUUCCUUUGCUUUUUACCCAGAAGUCCGUGUGGCGUUCUGACGGCGUGCUGAGCGUGUUCACGUCUUCUUCAAACAAACGGCUGACAAUAAAAAGACAAAUUGGGGAAAAACGA